UAUAUAAGGAGCUCAGCAGGUGCCCAGAGCUGUCCUGGCCUUUCCAGCUCAACAUGGCUAAGGCACUGCUUGCACUCGGGUUAUUGGGCCUCUGCUGGCCGCUGGACAUUGCCCACCCUCUUUCUCUGACUGGUGGUCCCAGAAACACAGCCGAAGGUAGAAAUGAGACCCAGCCGAAACCAGACAUGGCGGAACUCUGCUCGGAUGACUGGAGCUUCGACACUAUGACCCUGGAUGACAACGGGGCCAUGCUGUUUUUCAAAGGGGAGUUCAUGUGGAGGAGUCAUAGCUGGACCCGGGAGCUAAUCUCAGACAGGUGGAAGAAUUUCAACAGCUCAGUGGAUGCUGCAUUCCGCCACGGGCAUGACAGCGUCUUCCUGAUCAAGGGGGACAAAGUCUGGCUGUUCUCUCCUGAGAUGAAGAAAGAAUAUCCACAGCUGCUCCAAGAUGAGUUUCCUGGAAUCCCAUCGCCAGUGGAUGCAGCGGUGGAAUGUCACCGUGGGGAAUGCCAAGAUGAGGGUGUCCUCUUCUUCCAAGGUAACCGCACGUGGUUCUGGGACAUGACCACCAAAACCAAAAAGGAGCGCUUCUGGCCAGCUGUUCAGAACUGCUCCUCUGCUCUGCGAUGGAUCGGCCGCUACUACUGCUUCCAGGGAAAUCAGUUCCUGCGCUUUGACCCAGUCACAGGAGAGGUGCUUCCUAGGUACCCUCUGGAUAUGCGAGACUAUUUCAUGCCCUGUCCUGGCAGAGGCCACGGACAAAGGACUAGGCCCAAGAACAGUACCCACCCUAUGCACAUGCGCUGUAGCCCGGAUCUAGUCUUGUCUGCACUGCUGUUUGACAACCAUGGUGCCAUUUAUGCCUUCAGUGGGACCCACUACUGGCGUCUGGACUCCAGAAAGGAUGGGUGGCACAGCUGGCCCAUUUCCCAUGUGUGGCCCCAGGGUCCUUCAAUAGUGGAUGCUGCCUUUUCCUGGGAGGACAGACUCUAUCUGAUCCAAGGCACUCAGGUCUACAUCUUUCUGACAAAGGGAGGCUAUCCCCUAGUAGAAGGUUAUCCAAAGCGACUGGAGAAAGAGAUUGGGAGCCCUUACGGGAUCAGCCUGGCUUCUGUGGAUGCAGCUUUUGUCUGUCCUGGGUCUUCUCGGCUCCAUGUCAUGGCAGGACGGAAGCUGUGGUGGCUGGACCUGAAGUUAGGAGCACAAGCCACGUGGACAGAACUCCCUUGGCCUCAUGAGAAGGUUGACGGAGCCCUGUGUAUGGAAAAGCCCCUUGUCCCCAACUCAUGUUCCACUAGUGGUCCCACCAUAUACCUCAUUCACGGUCCCAAUUUGUACUGCUACAGUGAUGUGGAGAAACUGAGCUCAGCCAAGGCCCUUCCCCAGCCUCAACGAGUGGCUGACCUCCUGGGCUGCAGCCACUGAAAGGGCUCCUACUGCGAACCUGCUUCCUUCUCCCUGGUUUCCUUAAAAUAAAGCCAUGGUGCUGCUUCA